CGCAUUUUGAGAGUGCGGGAGGCUUUUCGCGCGCGGCGAUUAGCUUGUACCGUUGAUUCACCCAUUCAUCCAUCGCAAAAUGCUCAGCAAGAAGCGCAAGGCAGAGGGCGACGCUGCCGCGGCGGCUGCCGGGGAAAGUACUGCCGGGCAGCAAGAUGAAUAUGACCAGCAGCCCCCCUUCCCCCGUAUCGGCCGCCGAAUCAUGGACCAGUCGGUGCACAAAGCCAUUGCGGCCCUGCUCGCCAUCGAGAACGCCGCCAGGACCGCCCGUCAGCAGCUGCAGACCAAAGCCGAGGCCAUCAAAGAGCUGAUUGAGAGCACGGGAGGCAAGCUGGAGCUGACGGGCGGCAUCGAGGGGGAGGUGAAGCUGAGUGUGGGCGGGCGGGUGGUGGGUGUGUCGCGCAAGGGGCUGAUGCUGGAGCAGCUCCGCCACACCUACUUCGCCCAUCUGCUGCUGUAUGGUGCGGACGCACUGCCCCGCGACCAGAAGGGCCGGCCAUUCCUCGACGCCGACCCAAACUAUGCCGACUGGUGAGCGGAGGGAGGCAGGGAGGGAGGAUGGGUAUCUUUGCGUCGGCCAUUGAUUUGUGCCCUCUGCUCUGUUUCUCAUUUUCCGUGUUAGGUUGUGUGACGAGAUCGCCAUUGCCGAGGGCAAGGAGGCGCAGGGCCAGGAGCAUCAGAUCAAGCUCGACGACACACAAAAGAAGGACCCGUCCUUCGCCUUCUACCACAAGCUGUUCCUCACCCACACACCGCUCGACAUCGACGCACCAUCGGAGGACAUCGACAUGGACGACGGAGAUAAGGAGGGGAAUAAGGAGGGAGAAGGGCAGGCUGGCGUGAUGGAUAAGAUCCGUGAGUAUGUGGAGGGCUAUGACGCGGCGGUGGCGGAGCUGGAGGGGGCAGCAGGGCACCUGAAGGACUUCGGCAAGGCGAUGGAGCCCUUCAUCCGAGCAGAGGACGGCAGUGCCCACGAGGUGAAGACCGUGACCGUCCUGGGCAAGAAGGUGUCGACCACCGAGGCGACACUAUCGCAGCUCGGCCCCGACAGCACCCUAUACAAACGAUUCAGGUCAGAAUUCACCCACCGCAUAGACAGUGACAUCCGCACGUGUGGUCUGUCCCGUGCGUGUGUUGUGCAGUGGUGAGAUUGUGCAUGGCGGCGUGCCCAUCCGGCAGACAUCCUCCGAGAACUUCAUGAAGGUGACACUGAGCCACACACGGAAACGGGGGGACGGCACGUGUUUGUCUGCGUGUCAUUUGGCGACCAUCCAGGUGGUGGAUUUUGCCCGAAGACAGCGACUAGAGAAACGGCGGGGCCACACGGCCAAGGCGCCGAUCGCCCGUGACAUGAAGCAGCUCAAGGUAUCAUGAAGCAGCUGCAAACACACUUGUGUGUGCACAUGGUGUGAUGUGCUUUAGGUUGACAUGGAGAUGUUCGGAUUCAAGAUGCAGCCCCCAUGCUGA